AUGGCGCCGCCUCCCAGGAACAUGCCACCACCUAACAUUGAAGCUUACGUUCUGCCAAGGCUAGAGAUGCGCUCUGAAACUUUCAAAGAAGUAAAGGACUUCUACAACGUCUAUGCAAAGCACGCGGGUUUUGCUGUCAGGGAAGGCUCCAAGGUUGAGACCAGAGUCUACCUUUAUUGCACGUGCCAUGGAGUGUAUGAAUCGAAGGUGUCAGAAGCAAAUAGACAGCGGAACAAGAUGACAGCCAGGACUAACUGCGGGGCUAAAAUGAGGCUGAAGAGGGAAAAGGAUGGAACACUUGUCGUAAAAGAGAUAGUCUGGGAACACAACCACAGGCUACAGCUCACCCCCCAAAUGCUUGUCUUCUUGCACUCCCACAAAAACUUUGACGAAACAAUCUUGGAGUACGUCAAGUACCUGCAGUUCCAAGGCAUUGAACACGUGAAAAUCAUGAGCAUACUGGGCGGCGAUGACCCUGGUAGCUACUUCCUCGAAAUGAAUGCCAAAGACCUGAUUAACCUCAAAGCAAAGAAUUCCAGGAUGGAUGAUGUGGACGAUGUCCUAAAGACUGUCAACUUCUUUAGGGAGAUGAAAGCUAUAAACAGGGAAUUCUUCUGUGACAUGCAACUUGAUGAGUCCGACAGAGUUAAGAACAUAUUCUGGGCGAACGCAAGCUGUCGAGGGGCAUAUCAGGACUUCGGUGACUGCGUAAUGUUUGACACCACAUAUAAGACCAACAAGUACCAUAUGCCACUUGGGGUGUUUGUGGGUACUAACAACCACUUACAGACUACAUUCUUUGGUUUCGCCCUAAUAAGAGAUGAGGAUGCAGAUUCAUUCAAAUGGCUGUUCAAGACAUUUUUAAGGUGCAUGAGAGGGAAGGCUCCUACAUGCAUCCUCACACGUACAACCACCAAAACUACAUGUAAAAAUGUUGUGUCAGUUCUAUUUUGUAUAUAUGCACUACCAUCUGCUGACCACUCCAUGUCUCUUUUCUCAUUACCAGACAAGUGUCCGACAAUGGCUUUGGCGAUCCCAUAUGAUUUCAAGAACACAGUACACAAGCUGUGCCGCUGGCACAUUAAGAAGAAGUACAGGGAACACCUCGCAUACUUGUACAACCUGCACGAAGACUUUAAGGAUGAAUUAACAUCAAUCCUCAACUGGCCCCUCAUGCCAACUGAGUUUGAGGCUGCCUGGAAAAGACUCAUGGAUAAGUACAACCUCCAUGAUGAUGGCACGAUGGUGGCCAUGUAG